AUGGGGUCCCUGAUGUCCCCCAAGUUUCAGGGACCACCAGCCCCUCCAUGCCCAGCCCCAAAGGGACCCCGGGGACACAUCCGGGGCAGGGACCGGGGGUUGACAUCCUCGGUGCCCGCCCUGACCCGGUUUAGGAUGGCGGGGCACGGCCCGGUGCCCUCGUCCUGCGACUGCUUCGUGGCCAUGCCCCCGCACACGGCGUCCCCCGCCGUCAUCUUCGCCAAGAACGCCGAUCGGCCCCGGGACGAGGUGCAGGAGAUCGUCUAUGUCCCCGCUGCCACCCACCGGCCUGGGGACAAAGUCCAGUGCACGUACCUGCAGAUCGAGCAGGCAGAGCACACGCACGCCGUGGUGCUGAGCCGCCCCGCCUGGCUCUGGGGGGCCGAGAUGGGCGCCAACGACUGCGGGGUCUGCGUGGGCAACGAGGGCGUGUGGACCCGAGAGCCCCUGGGCGAGGCCGAGGCGCUGCUGGGCAUGGACCUGGUGAGGCUGGGUCUGGAGCGUGGCAGCUCUGCCCGGGAGGCCCUGGAGGUGAUGACGGCCCUGCUGGAGCGCCACGGGCAGGGCGGGAGCUGCAAGGAGGAGCCGGAGCCCUUCGUGUACCACAACACCUUCCUGCUGGCCGACCGCAACGAGGCCUGGCUGCUGGAGACCGCGGGGCGCUACUGGGCAGCGCAGCGGAUCCGCGAGGGCAGCCGCAACAUCUCCAACCAGCUGAGCAUCGGCAGCGAGAUCACGGCCGAGCACGCGGGGCUGCGGGAGCGGGCACGGAGCCAGGGCUGGUGGAGCGGGCAUGGCGAGUUCAGCUUCGCACGGGCGUUCUCCCUGGAGAAAGAGCCCCCGCGCAUGGAGGCUGCCAAGGCACGGCUGAGAGCGGGCAGGGAGCUGCUGCAGCGGCACGCAGGUCACAUCACGGAGGAGACGCUGAUGUCCAUCCUGCGGGACAAGGCCAGCGGGAUCUGCGUGGACAGCGAGGGGUUCCGCACGGCGGGCAGCAUGGUGUCCGUGCUGCCCCGCGACCCCGCCCUGCCCUGCGUGCACUUCCUCACCGGCACCCCCGACCCCUCCCGCUCUGUCUUCAAGCCCUUCGUGUUCGUGGCCGGCAUCAAGGCGGCGCCGCAGGUGCGAUCCCCGAGCUUCCCUCAGGACCCGGCCCGGCAGAUCCCGCGGUUCCGGAGCUCCGUGGAUCGGCGGCACGAGCUCUACCGGCGGCACCAGGCGGCGCUGGAGCUCAUGGAGCGGGACCGGGAGCGGGGCCGGCAGCUCCUGGGGACGCUGCAGGAGCUGGAGCUGCAGGGCCUGCAGGGCAUGCGGGAGCUGCUGCAGGGCACCGUGAGCCCCAGCCCCCAGGAGCUGGCCGACCUCUUCUUCGACUGCGUGGAGGCCGAGAUGAAGUUUUACACCUGAACCCCACACAGGGCCUCGCCUGGGGGCUGGCUGCACCCGCUGGAUGCCGGCAGAGGUGGCGGCGGUGGCCCCGGGUGCCCCUGGGGACAGGGCUGGGGACACAGCCGGGCUGUCCCGCCCUGCCCCGGGCCCAGCAGCAGCGCCCGGCGCUCCCGCAGCUCCUGCAGCCGGGCCCGGUGCUCCUCCAGGCUCAGGGCGCGCCGCAGCCGCGCCCGCCCCGCCAGCUCCCGGCGCACGUCCCCGAGGAAACCUGCCCGGAGCGACGGCAGCUGCAGAGAGCGCGGCACUGCCGGCCCCGGGCCCUGCCGCGUGUCCCGUGCUCCCCCCCGGCACCUCUGUCCACCGUGAAGGGAGCCCGGAGCACCGGGAGCAGCUCCUCCUCCUCCUCCUCCUCCUCCUCGCUGCUGCAGGAGCCUCCUCCUUCCUCCUCCUCGGCCGCGCUUCCCUGCACGGGCUGGGAAUCCAGCUGCAGGAGCUGGGGCAGCGCUGCCAGCACCCCAUCCCUGUGCGGAAAUGGGAGGAAAAGGGAGGAAAAGCCGAAUUUUCUGCAGCUGUGGGAUUGGGAGUGGGGGUCCCAUCCUCCCUCAGCCCACCAGAGCCUGAGGGGGGAGAGGAGAGAUUCAAAUCCUUGGGGUUUGGAGAGCAGGGAUUCAAAUCCUUGGGCUUUGGAGAGCAGGGAUUCAAUCCCUGAGAUGGAGAGCAGGGAUUCAAUCCCUGGGGUGUGGAGAGCAGGGAUUCACAUCCCUAGGGUUUGAGCAGGGAUUCACAUCCCUAGGGUUUGAGCAGGGAUUCACAUCCCUAGGGUUUGAGCAGGGAUUCACAUCCCUAGGGUUUGAGCAGGGAUUCAAUCCCUGGGGUUUGAGCAGGGAUUCACAUCCCUGGGGUUUCAGCAGGGAUUCACAUCCCUGGGGUUUUAGCAGGGAUUCAAUCCCUGGGGUUUGAGCAGGGAUUCAAUCCCUGGGGUGUGGAGGGCCAGGCUGUGUUUGAUAUUCCAUGGAAUGGUUUGGGUGGGAAGGGACCUUAAACCCCAUCCAGUUCCACCCAGGGACACAUCCCACCAUCCAAACUGUCCUGGGGCACUGCCAGGGAUCCAGGAGCAGCCACGGCUCCUCUGGGAGUCCCAUCCCAGCCAGGAAUUCCUUCCCCAAUCCCCUCUGGCGAUGUGAAUCCAUUCCCCUUUUGCCCAGAAUCCUUUCCCAGCUCUCAGGCAAGUGCUGGAAGGCCACAGUCAGGUCCCCCCGAGGCUCCUCCCGGGUUUUGGGGCGCUGUUUCUCCCCUCCUGCCCCACCUGUACCCCUCCUGCUGGGUGCACUGGUUCCCGGCCAGGUCCAGGAUCCGGAGGCUGCGGGGCAGCUCCUCUGCCAGGAUGGAACAGGGAAAGCACAGGGGGCUGAGCUGGGAGCCAAAAUCCCUGCUCCCCAAACCCCCCCCCCAAAGCAGCACUGCACCCCCACAGCCGGGGAAACUGAGGCAGGAGGGUGGGAAUGGGAUUGAGGACGCCCCUGGAGGGGUCCCUGCUCCCACCUGUGUCCAGCACCUGGAUCAGGUUGUGGGACAGGUCCAGGAGGCUCAGCUGGGACAGCCCCUGCAGGUUCUGCACCCUCUGGAUGCGGUUCCCAGCCAGGCACAGGAACCUGCAGGGCUCAGGAGGGCAGGGGGGUGUCACAGCCCCCUGGGGACACCCGGUCCCCUUCCCCAGCCCUCCUCAGGUACCUCAGGUUGGGAAAACACUCCAGAUUCUCCAUCUUCUCAAUUUGGUUCUGGAAAAUAAAAUAGAA